AUGACCGUUAAAGACAAGUACCUUUUUAAGCUCGUAAGGCUUAUGUUAAUUAUAAGCGGAUUGUGGCCGCUUGAAAUUCCAAAUGCUUCAAAAAACUGGCAGGUUGUAUUUAAAGUUUACUAUGUAGUGGCUCAUAUGAUUUAUCUUACAUCACCGUUCGCUUUUGGGGGCGCUUUGUUGGUUGAUUAUGGUGUGAGAAAUGCUCAAGCUGCUGAAGAUUUCUCGAGAAUGGUAUUUGUCAUACUGAUAGUUUUCAAAUUAAACAUAAUACGUUCGCAAAAAAUUGAAAAUAUAAUCAAUUUGGUCACUUCGGAAGAAAUAAAUAUAAUGAAAAGCACCGAUAAAUAUGUAAAAAGUACCUAUAAAGCUCAUGUUGCUUAUUGCACAAAAAUGGUGUUUUUUAUAGUGGUAUUCUUAUGGGCUGCUGGACUUACUAAUAUGGUCAAUGGAUUCUAUGAAUUACAUAAAUGGAGCCAAAUAACGCAAUUUACUGUUGCCAACGAAACCACAUUCAAACCUCACAUAAUCCCAUUUUGGUUUCCGUUCAAUAAAGAGAAAUAUUUUAUUCUGGCAAUGGCUUACCAAAUAUGGCAUAUCUAUCAAACUCUUGCUAUUAACAGUGCCAUCUUGGCUCUCAUAAAUUCUGUUAUGGUGUUCUUGAGGGCCAACUUGAAGAUACUGCAGUAUGACAUAAGAAAUUUUGAUUCAGUAAAUGCUUAUGACAUUGAUGAUGGGGUAGGAAGUCAGAAUUUUCCAGAGAAAAAUUUGAAACGGUUGAUUCUGAGACAUCAGCAAUUAAUAAUAUGGGUCCAUGAUUUGGAUGAUUCAUUUAAGAGUAUACUUUUAUUGGAAUAUUGUGUAACAUCCAUACAGUUAGCCACAACUUUGAUACAAAUAAUUCAGUUGGUCCACAUUCCAUUUAACGGGACAUUUUUCAUGCAUUGUCUUUUACAAUUGUUUGGGAUCGCGUGGAACGCAAACGAAAUAUUACUUGAGAGUUCUACUGGCUUACUGGAAGCCUUAUAUAAUAGUAAUUGGUACAAUCGUAACAAGGAAAUCAGCUUCCUAAUCUAUUUUAUGAUGAUACGUUGCAAGAGACCAUUAGCAAUGCGUAUCGGACCUUUUGGUACUAUGAAUUUAAACGCCGCAAUAUCUAGGGUUAAACUUGCUUAUACAUGCCUUUCUGUACUAAAGGUGACAACCGAGGAAUAAAAUAAUAAUUUUGAAAAAAUGUUUGUUAGAUUAUGUGUAGUAUAGAUAGAUAAUUUUAGAUAUAUUUGAGAAAGAAACCUUUAAUGAAAAUUUCACUGUUUCUCCAAUGGUAAGCAGUAGCACUGUUUUCAGUAGAAAAUGCAAAAAAAGCUAGCUUCUAGGCAUAAAAAAGUCCUAGAGACUCAUUUCUGCAACCCUUCACUUUCA